UACAAAUUCCUUUAUUUUUAUUUUUCUCCACACACAAAUUGAAUCGCUGCCCUAAGUCCGUUGCAACUGAAUCUCGAUGGUUUACAUAGUUUCCUGGGACGAGUUCGUUGAUCGAUCUGUUCAGCUUUUCCGAGCUGAUCCCGAUUCCACUCGGUAUGUGGUCAAGUACAGACACUGCGAUGGCAAACUGGUUCUCAAGGUUACUGAUAACAAAGAGUGUCUCAAGUUCAAGACAGACCAAGCACAAGAAGCGAAGAAGAUGGAGAAACUGAAUAACAUAUUUUUCACACUCAUGGCCAGAGGACCUGAUGUUGAUCUCUCUGAAGUCACCGGGAAAGAACCUAUGGAGACGCAGCCUGCCAAGAAAGGAAGAGGAAGGAAGCAAUAAGUCUCUGUGAAUCUGUUUUUUCUUUUCUUUUCCUCAUAUUUGGUGUCAAGAUUUUUCAUCCAUUUUUUUGUUAAAUAUUUUGAGAUGUUUUUUUUAAUAGUUACUUUUGCGUUUGAAAACCUUGCUAGAAUUUGCUAAAUUAGACUUCAAUCUCGUGAAAAUGUUACUUACUCUGCAAUGAGAUUUGCCAAAUCUCGAGGUACCA